AUGGGCGAGUCAAGCUCGAUGCUGGCCAGCAGCGCGAACAUGACAAGAGCUAAAUCGGCUGUGUGGCGAGGGGUUGCCCAGGAUGCGGAGGCAGACCUGGAUGUCAAGACCGGGUGCUUGGUCCUGGAUGGAAAGAGCAUGCACGAGUUUGGAAGCGAGCUUCCCUUUCUGCAUGUCUCCAUGGCACAUUGCAUGGAGGAAGUUGAUCGGUCGGGGGGUCAAGUCAAACUCAUGACAAGGCUGGAUGGGGAGGAUCUGAGAUCCUACGAUUUUCAACCUCAACCCCUCCUGAUCACCCUCCCGCUGCUUCUUGCAGGCCCUCACGAGUUUGCGGUGUCGUUGAGAGCGAUGGAGGAGGAUGGCAGCAUGAGAGAUGAGGAUGCUAUCGACGAGCAGUUCUUCCUCUUCUUCACCUGCGACUUCCGCCCCCGGCUGAACUGGGUCUUCCCUCCAGCUGGGUAUGUCUUCAAGCGAAACUCGCAGAGGUUCCUCCGUUUCACCGUGGACGAUGUCGGUGACCCGAGCCGCUGCCAAGAAGGAUCGACGUCAUGCUCGGGGUACGAGCCCAUGGCCUACCAUGUGUCCUACUAUGUGAACGGGGAGAAGAUGGGGGAGAGGAUGAGGAGUGUCUACUUCCUGGGGCUGAGCUUCUUGCCGGACGGACAUCAUACUGCCUACGUGGAGGUUUCAGACAAGCACAAUCAGCCUCUGGGGAUCAAUCACUCGGUCUCCUUCAGCAUUGCGAGUGACGAAGAAUAUCUCGAGGAUGGGGAGAUGGCGGAAGUUGAAACUCCAUGCCCCGAAACAAGAUGUCCGAACGACUGCGGGGAGAUGGGGAGGAGAUCUGAGAGUCACUGUGUCUGUGCCCCAGAUUGGACAGGAGAGCGAUGUGAACAUCAUCUACUGAGCCAUCUGGCCUACCUCCCCACCAGCGACCCUCACAUGGCUGGCGAUCGCUGCGUCAAGAGCAAGGUCUGGGAGGAGAUGGCAGAGGAGCUGCGAGUGCGAUUGGAACAGCUUCAACACGCUACCGAUCAUCGUCAAUGCAGAAACUCUUCUCGCAUCUCAGUAGUUCGCAUCCGGGGAACCAACGGGCAUACCGGGUUUGCCUCAUUCGUGGAGCAGGUAGAAAACCUUGCGAUAGAUGCUCCUGACGCUUCUCCUGUUCGCAACCCCACGGCGAUUCAAGAUCGCUGGAGCACUGGCGGGAGCUUUCCGCAACGGCACGAUGCUCUACAGCAGGAAGAUCUCUCCUGCUACUUCCAGCCCUUGUUCUCAGUCCUGAAGACGUCAGCCGGCAUGAUAGCACAGAGGUGA